AACUUUCUUAUUUUCAGGCUUUGAAGUAUACAAGCCGUGGCUAUGCAUCACAGCGUACUUUAAAUGAGGUGGUGAUAGCAAGUGCUGUAAGGACACCGAUCGGAUCUUUCCAGGGAUCUCUUUCGUCAUUACCAGCCACUAAACUUGGUUCCAUUGCAAUUAAGGGAGCAAUUGACAGAGCAGGUAUCCCCGCAGAAGAAGUGAAAGAAGUGUACAUGGGUAACGUCUUGCAGGCUGGACAAGGACAGGCUCCAGCGAGACAAGCAGUCUUGGGUGCAGGUCUACCAGUCUGCACUCCUACUACAACUGUCAAUAAAGUCUGUGCUUCGGGAAUGAAAUCGAUCAUGAUGGCAGCGCAAAGCCUGAUGUGUGGGAGUCAGGAUGUCAUGGUCGCUGGCGGAAUGGAGAGCAUGUCUAAUGUUCCCUACACGAUGAGCAGAGGAUCAACGCCUUAUGGAGGAGUGAAGCUGGAAGACCUGAUAGUAAAAGAUGGGCUGACAGAUGUGUAUAACCAUAUCCACAUGGGCAACUGCGCUGAGAAUACCGCGAAGAAGUUUACUAUUUCACGAGAGGAACAAGACACUUACGCCAUAGGCUCUUACACUAAGAGCAAAACAGCCUGGGAUUCAGGACUAUUGAAAAAUGAAAUAGUUCCUGUCACUAUUUCAAAGAAAGGAAAGCCGGAUAUAGAAGUGAAAGAAGAUGAAGAAUACAAACGUGUUGAUUUUAGUAAAGUUCCAAAGCUGAAAGCUGUUUUCCAAAAAGAAAAUGGAACAGUUACAGCCGCGAACGCCAGCACUCUGAACGAUGGAGCGGCUGCUUUGGUGCUGAUGACCACGGAGGCAGCCAAGAGACUGAAGGUCAAACCACUGGCACGGGUAGUAGCUUUUGCCGAUGCCGCUGUUGAUCCUAUUGACUUCCCAAUUGCACCUGCACAUGCUGUUCCCAAGAUUCUAAGUGAGACAGGCCUGAAAAAAGAAGAUAUUGCAAUGUGGGAAAUCAACGAAGCGUUCAGCGUUGUGGUGCUGGCCAACAUUAAAAUGCUGGGCAUUGAUCCACAAAAAGUAAACGUUAAUGGAGGUGCCGUCUCCCUUGGCCAUCCCAUAGGAAUGUCUGGAGCAAGAAUUGUUGUUCACAUGGCCCACGCGUUGAAACAAGGCCAAUACGGCCUCGCAGGAAUUUGCAAUGGAGGUGGCGGCGCGUCUGCACUGCUGAUAGAGAAGCUGUAG